AUGACUGAACUCAGGGGUCAGAUGCAGAGUUCACUGCAGUGUGCGUCCUCCAACUUCAACACUCCAGUGCCAACCUCCUCUCCAAAACGUAGCCACGGUGACUUCAGGAGGGUCCAACGCAUCGAGGACAGCAUUCCCUUUCCAAUCCCUGGCCUAGCAGCAGACGUCCUGCACAUGCGAGUGAAAGAAGGAAGCAAGAUCCGCAACCUGCUGCGGUUUGCAACGGCUCGCAUGCAGGGGGAGGGAAAAGACAGCGACGGGACAUCACCGAGGCAGGUGGUCUUCACUGGAUCAGGUAGAGGAGUCACAAAAACCAUUACAUGUGUGGAGAUUCUGAAACGGAAAGUAGGAGGGCUACACCAGGUGUCCAAGCUCUACUACAAGACAGUGAACGAGGUCUGGGGGAGUCCACAACAAGGAGCAGCAGGUGUUACCAUGCAGAGGACACUUCCGGCUAUCUGUAUCCUGCUCUCCAAAGACCCUCUGGAUCCUCAGGAGCUGGGAUACCAACCCCCUGAAACCCCAAGUGCUACCUCAGAGGAACACAGGAGACAAGGAGAGCUGCUCAGGCUGGCUCACAGUUCGUCCACACAGCACACAGCAAAGAGAUUCUGUCUGCAUGAUUUGAGAGUGUGCCCUGCACAAAUGUCCACAGAAUUGACUACAGCAUGUGAAAGAUCAGAUGAUUAA